AUGGCGACGCAGGCAAGCGAACCCGGAGCUGAGGGCACGCGAAGCUGCUGCGGCAUGGCGACGCAGGCAAGCGAACCCGGAGCUGAGGGCUCGCGAAGCUGCUGCGGCAUGGCGAUGCAGGCAAGCGAACCCGGAGCUGAGGGCUCGCGAAGCUGCUGCGGCAUGGCGACGACGCAGGCAAGCGAACCCGAAGCUGAAGGCUCGCGAAGCUGCAGCGGCACGCCGAAGAAGGCAAGCGAACCCGGAGCUGAGGGCACGCAAAGCUGCCGCGGCUUGGCGAUGCAGGCAAGCGAACCCGGAGCUGAGGACACGCGAAGCUGCCGCGCCACGCCGAAGAAGGCAAGCGAACCCGGAGCUGAGGGCACGCGAAGCUGCCGCGGCACGCCGAAGAAGGCAACCGAACCCGGAGCUGAGGGCUAG